AUAAUAACACGAUAAGUGAUUUACAUGGAAUAAAAUGAGUCAACUUCAUAAUAAGAAAAUGUUAGCAUUUUGGAUAUGACCUUGAGUUUAAAAUUAUUGAUCACUUUCAUUGGUUAAAUUAUCAAGGUGAACAGACAAUAAUAUACAUUAGAAACGAAAGUGUCUUAUACCCUUAAAGAUGAUUAUAAAAUCUGUUGACAAAAAUUAAUUAAUGACAAGAUAAACAAAAGCUCAUACUUUUUACAAUGUUUUAUAACAAAUCAGUCAUCUUAUUUAUUUUAUUGAUUUGCCGAAUAAAAUAUAGCGGCUUUAAUUUUACCUCGUUAAACAAUGAGCCUAUAUGUGCGCUAGCAGAACCUCCAGUCGAUUUAAACACUGGUUCAUUAGAUCAACUUGUUAAUGGAAUUUUAAAAAGCCUUUUCAUUGAACAAUCUGUUAUACAACUUAAUCAAUCCAUUGAAAUAUUUCCUGGUUUUGAAGUUAAUAAUAUCUCAGUCUAUGGUUUAAAUUCUAUCCAACUUUCAUGUCCAAUCAAAUUAAUUACAAGAGAUAAACUUGGAUGUUAUUAUAGAGGUUUAAUAUUGGAUACAUGUUUAGGAUUUGAAAAAUUACAACUGAAUUUUUCUAUAAAAACUAUUCUACCAGGAUUUGAACAAGAGGAUCUUCAUUUGACGGUAUAUUCAAUCUCAGUGAAAAUUAUUUUGGAAUUAUUAUCAUACUCAAGGAAAAUUGAUUUUUCACCAACAUACACUUCAUCCUCACUAUUACCAUCACCAACAUCGUCGUCAUUGUCAUCGGCAUCGAAUCAUAUCUCCUCAUCAAGUGUGUUACAGUCAUCAUCAUCAUCAAUUGGCAGAUUACUUCAAUUUCGUACAAUUCGUUUAAAGUCACUCAAGCUAAAAUCACAUGAACAAUCUUAUUGGAAGUCAUUCAUUUUAUGGUUUAUUAAUUUCUUUAUUAAUUCAAUCAAGGGCUUAUUAAUAAAACGUUUAGAUCGUAUUAUUAUCAAUGUAUUGAAUGACCAGAUAAUGGAUUUACAUUUAACACCAUUAUUUAUAUCUAAUGACAAUAGAAUAACAUCAAUGAGUGAAGAUGUUCAAAAGUCAAUACAGACAGCAGAGACAAACGAGAAACAGUUGGUUGUCAAGUCUAAAAGUAUGCCAGCCUCACCCAUUGUUGGCUGA